AUGAAAGUCGCAAUACUUUUUUUGUUAACUUUUCAAUUACCAUUUUUAUAUGGUAUAGAGACAGUUUUUUUCCCAAAAGAUGGAAAUGAUCCAAUAUUUAAGGAACAGAUGGAUAAUAUUAUAACAUUGGCAAGGAGUAGAGAACUUCGUGAUGUCAAACCACACAUUGAUAUCAGUACCAUCUAUUUGUAUGGUGAUUACAAAUUUAAGGUAACAAUAAUAACAAGUUAUGGAAAAAUUUUUUGUCUAAUAAAACAAAGUGACUGGUUAUUUUUAAAUAGUUCCCAAAAAAAUGCCUUAGAAAGACUUUUUUUUUCAUCAAUUACAAUUUUAAAAAAUUCAGUUGAAAGUUUUAUAAGCCAUGUAAGAAAAAGUAGUAAUAUGGAUAACUUUAAAAUAACAACUUUUGAUAAUUUCAAUUUUGAAGAUAUCCCAUCAUCAAUGGAAGAGUAUGAAUAA